CAGAGGCGCCGCCGCUGCAAUCCCUGCGUCUCCAAGCAACAUGGCUGACAAGGCCAAGCCCACCAAAGCUGCCAACAAGACGGCCCCCAAGUCCCCGGGGGACCCCUCAAAGGACCGGGCGGCCAAGAGGCUGUUGCUGGAGUCAGAGGGUGCCGGUGAGUGGGCAGCCAAGGCCCCCGAGCUCAGUGCCCUGGAGGAGGCCUUCCGGCGUUUCAUGGUGCACGGGGGCACCAGGGCCACCGGGAGGGAGAUGCACGGCAAGAACUGGUCAAAGCUGUGCAAGGACUGCCAGGUAAUCGACGGCAGGAACGCAACGGUCACCGACAUGGACAUCGUCUUCAGCAAGAUCAAGGAAGGUGAAGAAGGAGCUGGACCCCGACGACGCCACUUGAACUUGGAUGAGACCAAGUGGGUCUGUAAUGGGGUGCAGGUCUGGGGGUGUGCAGGUUCUGGGCACCAGAGUGAGACCCAGCAGACUUCAGCCGGCAAGAGGGCCCCUGACUGUGGGCAACUUCCUCACGGGUGGGGGUCCUUGAGGGUCCCCUGCUACCAGAAAGGGGUCCGUGGCUACCGUGUCGACCAGGGCAGCCCACCCACUUCGCACUUUGGUCUGGAGUGA